AUGAACGAGUUCGUUGAUGUUUACGGAACUGAAUUGGCUGGCACACGUACAAACAGUGGCUUCCCGGAGGGACGUGUACUUCGACGUCCAAACAUACUACGCCGAUCGUCGAAGGCAAAAUCUCGGCCAUCAGCAACCCAUGCUGCUGCUGCUGCUGCUGCGGUUCCAGCAGUGAUCACCAGUUCAUGUAAAUCGGAGGAUAGUACCAUCCCAGCAACCAGCAGUUCAUGCAAAACCGAAAAUUGUACCGCUUUAGCAGCCAGCGAUUCGCGCAAAUCCGAAAAUGGUGCAACUUCAGCAACCGCCGCUGCGUGCAAAUCCGAGCACAACAGCAAUUCAGCAGCCAAAAGUCAGUGUAAAUUUGAGGCAUUUCACUUGGAACCGCCAAUGGACGCAGCAACGGAAGCAGCCACAAUCGCAGCUAUACUGGAAGCGACACUCAAAAAUGAAGGGAUCGUUGAAGAAGGAUGGGAUGAUCCUCCUGAUCUUGAUGAAUUGCUUGAAAAAUUGAAGCCAGUACCGAUCAAGGAUUAUGCGCCCAGAUUCCUGAAACCCCCGAUUGUGAGGUUUGAGGACUGGAAGGAUCCCUCAGAUGAUUAUUUCCGCCUGAUUGGUUACAUGGGUCUUCUCACUGCUCUCUCGGCAUAUCGGGAUGUUGUGCAGACUCCAAAUGGAUUUGAG